AUGCCUAAAAGUAGAGAUAAAUUAAUCAAAGAACAGAACGAUAGAUUGUUGGUGAAGAUGGUUUUUGCAAAUGCUUGCUUAUAUAUUGAUUAUGUUAAAAGUGUUUCCCCACCGGGAUUUGUAGCAGCUACGUGGGCUCGAAUUGCACAAGAAUUACAAAAGUUUGUCAGUAAUAUUACAGAUCCUCAAAAUCGGUGGAAGCAAUUAAAAGUAUCGUUUAAUGGACACCAUAAAAAUUCGAAUACAGGAUGGUACUUAUACGAGGAUAUGCUGUUCACGGCGGAGCAUAGCAGAGUAAAAAGACCAAAGACCGUACUUCAUCCUCAGCUAUCAGUAGUAGAUUUUAAUUUGCCUCAGGCACCAAAUGUUUCAUGGCAUCAGACAUCACAGUUUUAUGACAGUUCAGAUGAAUCUCCAAAGUUAUGUGGCCUACAGAAUGUCGCAAAAUCGUCAGAAGCAUCUCAACAGAUGUCAUUAGAUUCUUAUGAGAAUAUGGGAAAAUCCGCUAUAGCUUGUGACGUAGAGUAUGUUGAAGACAAUAAUUUCCUCGAAAAUGAUGAGGACAUAAAAAUGGAAUCGUACUCCGAAUAUGACGUACUUCAGUAUGAUGGCGAACUUAUUGCAGUGGACGAUAGCUGUAAAUCAAAUGAUUCUAUUUCAUCGCAUAAAGAAAAUAUGAAAGAAACGUCAAAUACUUUUGAUUAUUUGUCUCACAAUUUCAAUUCGUUUCCCGAGGAACAACCAACGUCACAAAUGCUCUCUGAAGUGGAGUCGUCUAAACAGAUACCAAAAAAAUUUAAAAUGUCUCCCAUAACCUCUGUACAAACAUCAAUUUUUCCACCAAAAGUACAUCCUGCUGAAUUUUUAUCAUUACAUGAGGCUCUAUCUCCAACUGCUGAAUUGCAACCUUCAGGGGAACAAUCUUCAACAAAUUGUGUCAUUUCCAAACCUAUUGUACCACUUUCAAUAACAUCCGCGUUUUCCCCAAUGUGUUCGCCAUACACAAAAUUGCAGUCACCAAGGGUUAAGUCUCCAACAAUUACUGAUAUUUCGAAACCUUCUGUGCCAUUUUCACUAACAUCGUCAUUUUCUCCAAUCCGUUUUCCCGUAACAGACUUGGAAGCAUCAGGAGUCAAAUCCUCUACACUUUCUGGUAUUCCAAAACCUACUGUGCCAUUUUCACCAACAUCGUCAUUUUUUCCAAUACCUUCUCCAUUUGCAGAAUUGCAAUUAGCAGGGGUAAAAUCUUCUACUACUGUACAACCUAAUGUGCCAUUAUCAUCAGCAUUGCCGGCGUCUUCUAUACGUUUGACACUCGCUAAAUUGCAAUCACCAGGAGUAAAAAGUUUUCCAAGUUCUACUACUACAGAACCUUAUGUGCCAUUAUCACCAGCAUCGUCAGCUUCUCCUAUACGUUCGCCAGUCGCUACAUUUAAAUCAUCUGAGGUAAAAUCUUCGACAAUGACUACUAUUCCAAAAUCUGCAGUGACAUUUUCAUCAAAGUCUUCGGCUUCUCCAAUCCAUAUACUAAUAAUUAAUAUUUACAGCGGAAUCUGUGUAAGUUAG